AUGUCAUUGUUAGACGACGAUGAAUCCUAUGUUAUUGAUGAGUGUCGAAUAGAAUUUUCACAUCCAUGUAAUUCUUAUGAAAAAACUAAUUUUAUGAAUUCUACUCAGGAAGAUGAGGAUCAUAACAAAUUUCAAGAUUUAUGUUUAUCUAAUGCUAUUCAUCAAGUAUCUGAUCGACUUAAUAAGUUUUGUAUUGAUGAAUCAAAAUUUUUAAAAGAUUUAAAACAAUGGAGACAUGAAGCUCAUGAUAUAAUCGAUAAAUUCUACAAAUCAAAACAUGAUGAAUAUGUAAGAAGAACAAAUGAAGAUAUUGAUCAAUCAAGAGAAACUUUAACUUUAUUAAGUUGUGAUCAUGAUGCUUCACAAGAUUAUGUUGAUUGGGUAAAUUAUAUUAUUCAAUCAAUUCAUCAACAAAUAGAUGAAUUAGAACAGGCAACAACAAAAUUUUCUCCAUUAAAAAUUGAUCAUUCUUUAAUUGAUAUUCCAUGUCGAAUAUCUGAUUUUCAACGUCAUCCAUCAUCAUUGAAAGAUCUUUUUUCUUGUUCAUCAUCAUCAAAUGAAUUAGCAUCUUGCUUGUCAUCAUCUACAACAUCAAUAUUAAAUUUAAAUCCUAAUGAUAAUGAUUCUUAUUUAAGUUUCGAAGUUCCAAAACAUAAGCUUAACCUUCAAUCGGAUUAUUGGUAUUCAUUAUCAACAAAUUCAACAUAUUUAUUAGUUUUAGAAAAAUCAAAUUUAUGUUUAAUUGAUCAAUCUUUUAGAGUUACUAAUAAAAAAACAUUUUCACAAAGUUCUAUUAAAGAUAUAUGUUGGUCGAAUAUUCUUUCUCGAUUUAUUUUAAUAUCACCAAAAACUAUUUAUACUCUUGAUGAAAAAUUUAUAUCAGUAGAACUAUCUUCAAUUACUUCGAUUCAUAAUGCUCCAUGGGAACGUGCUACUUGUCAUGAGUCAACAUUAUUUAUUUCAACAUUUGGCGAAAAUCCUCUUAUUCUUGAAUAUAAUAUAUUUCCAUCAAUACAUUUAGAUAAACGUUGGCAAUCAUCAAUAAUUUGUCAAGAAAAUGAAAUAAUCAAUGAUAUGAAAUCAAAUGAAAAUAAUCUUGGAUUAAUAAUAAAUAAUGAUAAUAAUAAUGAAAGUCGUCUUGAAUUGCGUUCAAUAAAAUCUUUUGAAUGCAUUUGGUCGAUUGAUCUUGGUGAUGGAUGGUCCUAUAGAUGUUCACCUUUACAUAAUAAUCAUUGGAUUGUUGUUGAUCCUUAUAAUAGCAGAUUAAUUAAAAUAAAUAGUAAUGGAACAAUUGAUCAAACGAAUAGUUACAUUAAAAAACCAAUUAAUGUUGUUUCCUGGAGUCAAAAUCAAUUUGUUAUAAGAACUCGUGAACAUGUUUAUAUUCAUCAGUACAGUUGA